UUUACUUGAUUUUAAAGAAAACUAUUAAAUUAUCGCACGUUUUUCACCAUUUUUGAAUCACUUCCUGUUAAGUGUGAUGUACCGUAUUUCUUUUUGUUUCAUCGCGACAAAACAUUGAAAGCUACUGAUACUAAGCAACCAAAAAAUUUUCAGCAGAAAAAUACCGAAAGACUUGGAGCUAAAUUUCGUGAUUGAACAUUUUCGGCUUUAAAGUAAAAAUAAGAAGCAACACAACCAUCAAUACCAACUUUUUAUGAUUCCGAUAGACACAAACGAAGCCUCACAUUAAAUUUAUUCUCUGUUCAUUUUCUUGAUUUUUUAAAAGAAAAUUGUAGAAGUUUCCAGAAUGACCGAGCGUGAGUGGAGUUCAGACUUGUUCGAUUGUUCCGACGACUUGAGGACGUGUUGUAUUUCUUGGGUGCUUCCAUGUUUCGUACAAGGAAAGAUAGCGGAGGCAAUUGGGGAAUCCUUCUUUCUUCACUGUGUCUUGUACUUCGUGCCCUGUGUGAACAUCUACUCCUUGCUGUCAAUCAGGGCUAAGGUGCGUGAACAUAAGAACAUCAGUGGGGGUGUUUGUGGGGACUGUUGCGCAUUCUGCUGCUGCUUUGUCUGUGCACUCACGCAAGAGGCACGAGAGGUCACUGCCCUCAGCCACAUGGAAAGAACGUGAACAACUGUUUCUUCAGCGAAAAAAGAGCCAUCAGCUGCAACAUGUGUGAACAAACAAAUCAGCGAACUAUCAAAAGCAUGCCACAACAGACGAAAAAACACAUAUUGGAUACAUAUAGUAGUGGAUGUUUUUUUUCAUAAAUUUUAGCAACUUUGAAUUUUUAAAAUCCGCAAAUAUUAAUGAUAUAUACUUUUUUAGAUUAUAUUCUUAAAAAUCCCCGGACGUAAACGAUGGCACGAUUCGUAACAAGCGCUUCUUCGAGAUACUAAUAUCUAUCAUUUUUGUGAAAUAAUUCAUAUCAGAGAACUCAGACAUAACUUGUGACAUAAAAAACUUACGAAACUCGAGUUCAAAAACUGUCAGUCCUAAAGCAAAAAGUGUCUAGCACAUUAUUGAUAGUUUUAAUAGAUAACAACUCGUUUUAAAAGAGGAAAACUUCAGCGUUUUUCUGCUUUUUCAGUGAUAGAUAUAAAA